GCAAACACAGUCGCGCCCCCGCUCUCCGCAGGCAUCCAUACCUCUCCACGGGCCGCAAUGGCGCAGCAGCAGCAACAACAGCAGCAGCGAUCGCAGCAAGGCCCUGGAAACUUCGGGCCCACACUGAUGCAUCCUUCCGUACCAACGCAACAGCGACAACAGCAGGAACAACAGCCGCCGCAGCAGCAAGCCGUCGCUGCGUACGCGAUGCAGUCGUCGAUGCGCAAACGUUCCGCCACCGAGCCAUCUCCUACCUCGCCGCCGCUCUUGGGCUCGAUCAUGUCUGGCGCUGCUGCUUCAGCCAUCUUUCAUGCCACCGCCGCAAUGAACAUCCCGCACGCGAUUCCACACCCCCCGCCUCCCCCGCCGUCGGAGCGCACGCUCCCAUCACCGUCCACCAGCGCCCCCGCCGCGACCAAGAAGGAGGGAAUGAAGAAGAUCUUUUCUAAGCCUGGCAGGAUCGGCACUCCCGGAAUCGAGAAGACGCUGCGACCUCCGCCUAGCCCUAACAAGUUACCCCAGAUCUCGUCGCCAAUCCCCCGGCUCGCCCCUGGGAAUGACGAGAGCAGUCGCAGGCCGAGCUAUUCGAGCGCGUACACUUCCAGCACGCUUGUUGCUGGUUCGGAAAUCGCGUUUUCGGUUUCGCCGCCAACUACAAUCAUUGAACGUGGCUUCAGGGAGACUAAAGACGAGGUAAAGAAGGAAAAAGAUCACCACCGAACACAUUUCCUGCGCACCCGUCGCGACAAAGAUCACGGCGCGUUCUCGUCGUCCAACUCCAACUCGAAAAUGGCCGAUGCUGCGGGAAGCCUAUACUCCUUUACCCCGUCGUCCCCGUCAUCCACCGUCUUUGCUUCGUCGAAGGACCUCCAGAAGACCAUAUCCGGCAUUGACAUCACCUCGGCGUCGAAAACAUCGAAAACAUUCAAAGCAGCUCUCGGUGGCGGCGGCAUGUCAUCCUACGAAGACUCCUUUCUCGCGCUAGACCUUGGACCUUCGGAAAACGCGUGGUCCACACUAUGCGCGCGUGUGCUCCCCCUGUUCGACGGCGACCUCCUCCGUAACACCGUCGAAGACCUCAACAGACUUGUCGCUCUACACAUCAAGCGCUGCGUUGACCGCCGCGAGCCGGUGCUCCUCAUCAAUGAUGUCCGCAUGCUACUGGAAACAGGCAUGAGCUCGAUUGAACCUCAUCUGAACGAGCUGCCGGAUGAGCGAUUGCUUUCACGACUGGUUGAGAUCUGGAGCCUUGUAUUCCGGUACACGACCCCCUACCUCGAAGCGGUCCUGCUGCCGCUCCAGCAGGAGUUCAAAGGCUCGGGCUCGUUACUUACCCCCCGCGAAAGUCGCGAGUUCUUCGGCGUCGAUGUUGCUGCCACCGCCGGCAGUCCCAUGGGCCUCGAUGUGCGCCGACUGAUCAUGAUUGCCAUGCGCGACUGCAUCGUUCUACCGGUCUACGAACGACUUAGGGUGUUGUUCUCACGGCUACAGUUGGACCUUUCGGGGAAUCACGAAGAUGGAAUGGAGGUUGUCGGCCGCAUGCUGCAGUGCGUCAGUGUGCUUGCGGCGGCAGGCACCGGCGACGAGGCACAGGGAAUGGUGGAUGAACUGGGCAAACGGCUCAAGUGGAAUUGGCUUUCUCGCGGACGCACAGGGCGCAAUAGGAAGGGCUUUGUGGGUACCAAGAUGAGGCCGGUGGGAGUGGGCGAUGGUGGCUCGUUUGGCGUGUUGUAAAUGUUGGGUUUCGGUGUUUGCUUGAACAGGCUGGCUGGAUUGGAGUUUGGGGAUUCGGCGCGCGAUUCUUUUCGAUGUUGCUUCAGAUGAGCAAGGGACCCAUUUUAUUGUACAAUAGUUUUUCUUUGUUCCGUUCUUGUUACUUCUGUUGCUCUGGGGACACGAUUUUCGCACCGACUGCGCGGGUUUUCUUUUGUAUUAUUACUACCUCACUUUGCUGUUGUCUUUUUCCUUGGGAUUAGUAUCUCUUUGGUCGUUGGGGCUUGUUUUCGGGGCUUUCUUUUGCGUCUUGCGAGUACGGUUCUUUUGGCUAUGGCCAGGGGUGUUUGGUUUUCUUUUGUAUUGCAUUGCGUUCUGUUGGGGGGUAGUGAUAUGCUUUGCGUUGCUUGCUGGGCAAUAAACUGAUCUAUAU